AUGAACCCUCCUGGAGGCAGGAGGCUGGAAGCGGCAGGGCCCCGGACUAGAAGGGCCCACAGACCCCGUGAACAGGACCGUGAUGUGCAACUCUCCAAGGCUCUGUCUUACGCCUUGCGCCACGGUGCCUUGAAGCUGGGGCUCCCUUUGGGGGCAGAUGGCUUCGUGCCCCUGCGUGCCCUCCUGCAGCUGCCUCAGUUCCACCAUUUCUCAGCUGAAGAUGUGCAGCGUGUAGUGAACACCAAUGAGAAGCAGCGGUUCACCCUGCAGCCAGGUGACUCCAGCACUGGUCUCCUCAUCCGAGCUAAUCAGGGUCAUUCCCUACAGGUCCCUGAGUUGGAGCUGAUACCUCUGGAGUCGCCGCAGGCCCUGCCCGCUGUGCUGGUCCAUGGCACAUUCUGGAAGCACUGGCCAUCUAUCCUGCUCAAGGGCCUGUCCUGCCAGGGAAGGACACACAUCCACCUUGCCUCAGGACUGCCUGGGGACUCUGGUAUCAUCAGUGGCAUGCGUCCCAACUGCGAAGUGGCCGUGGUCAUCAACGGAGCCCUGGCCUUGGCAGCCCUGACUCUCCUCACAGAUGGAAUCCCCUUUUUCCGCUCCACCAAUGGGGUGAUCCUGACUCCAGGGAAUGCUGAAGGGGUUUUGCUCCCCAAGUACUUCAAAGAAGCCCUACAGCUCCACCCCAUCCGAAAACCCCUCUCCUUGUUUGGUGAUGAAGAGACAGAGUGUCAGCGAGGCCCCAAGCACAGCCCCAGAGGAAGAGGGAUGGUCCAGCAAUAA